CUUAUUUCUUUCCUUUUCAUUCAGUUUACUUCUUCAUGUCUUUCUAGAUGGUAUGCCUUCAACGCACUUGAGUCAUCGCCAUCAACCAUCUACUACAUCCAGCACUUCGUCCUCCUCCUCCUCUUCAUCUUCAACUCGUCCUGCUCUUCCCCGUGUACUUACAAAUUCACCUUCUAAUGCUGUUCAUCUUUCAAGAAGUACCGCUCGAACUUCACGAAGAGUUCGCUCUCACUGGUUUACCCAUUUUGCUUUAAACUGGCGUCGAAGUUCUCGUUAUUCAAAAUUUGUUUUUAUUUACUCACUGACUUUACUGGCGUUACAGGUAUUAGCAACGGUGAUCGUACUAUGUUUUUCUUGGGAUAUGUAUUGUGAUAAGCCUUUACGUAUAUUCCUAACAGUAUAUGUCCUUCGUCUAGUUUUAUCUUCACCUCUUAGUAUAUAUCUGCAUCUUGCUCCACGAAGACAACGAAGGCGACCUAGACAAGACGAACGAACUGAAAGAGGAGAAAGUUAUUCUAUGACACAACUACCAAUUUCUUCAACGGGUACGCAACCUGUUCCAUCAAUACCCGUCCCUACUGCCACCCAUACUCCUUCUCACUCUAUUAACCCAAUAACACGUCCUCCUCCGCCUGUGCCACCAAUGGUUUAUCCUCCUCCUCCUCCUAAUUCUUUUACUCAAUCUACUUUAAUCAGUUGGAUCGAUAGAGCCAAAUCGGCAUUGGAUCUUUUUGCAACUUUAUGGUUUAUUAUUGGAAAUUAUAUGCUUUUUACUUCCACUACAUGUUCAGAAACUGCUAGACCUAUUUACUAUCUUUCUUUAGUGGUGAUUAUUUAUGGUUAUUUGAUCAUUACUGUACCUUUACUCUUAUGUACUGCUGUCAUUUUCUGUUUACCUUGUGUACUCGUUGGUAUGCGGUUACUUCAUGUUGAAGAUGGUGUAGAUAUGGGAGGAGCAUCUGCUGACGAUAUUGAUCGAAUACCUGUUUAUCGAUUCAGAUCCAAUAAACCUCAUCCACCCCCACCUCCACGUCGACCACAUCCACGUCUUCAUCAUCAUCAACAUCAGGAACAAGACGAUAAGGAUAAGAACCAACAACAACAAAAACAACAACAUUCUCAAGAUACAUUAAAUUUGAUUGAUAAAUUAUGGAUACGAUUGGGUUGGAUGGAAUCACCUUCAGACGAGGAACGUGCCGAAAUCUAUUACGAUGAAUUGGAGAUUCCUAAUGAACAGGAUCAAGUCUGCGCUAUCUGUUUAUCAACAUAUGAAGAGGGUGAUAUUCUAUGCCGCUUAUGGUGUUAUCAUCAUUUCCACAAAACAUGUGUGGCCGAAUGGCUGAUCCUGAAUAGUCGAUGUCCUUUAUGCAAACGGGAUUGCCGAAGACAGAAAGAUCAACAGCAUCGCAAUACUAAUUUGCCAACACAUGUAACCACAAGAACAACAGUUCCUCCUACAACAACCAGAAAUGACGUUGUAAAUAUUGUUACUGAUUCUACUACAACCAUCACUGACAACGAAAAUGAUAACAUUGGGGUGAAUGAUGUAAAUGAGACCACCAUCUCUCCUGAUACUGACCCUAUCACCAAUCUCACUACUACCACUACUACAACUGCAAUUAUGCCGACUGCGCCAAACUCGAGCACUGCGAAUACAAACACAAACACAGUCAAUACGACGAAUGAUACACCCUCGUGAUUGGGUUGUACCUUUUGUCGUAGUCUUACACCUUUGUUUAUUAGUUUAUUUUCUCUAUACUUAUUUACUUUCCCUUUUGUGGCCUUUUAGUAUUAUAUUAUUAUUUUCAAAUGUAUCAUAAUUCUCUCUCUUUCUCUCUAACUUUCUCUUACCAUGUGAACUAUAUAUACAUAUAUAUAUAUAAAUAAUAAAAAAA